CAGACGCCGGGGCGGACGCGCGGACAGACGGCCGGACGCCACCGCGGCUCCCCGGCGCGGACGCAGCCCGGGACCCGAGCGGACGAUGCGCGGACCCGGGCGCCCCCUGCUCCUGGGGCUGCUGCUGCUGCUGGCGGCGGGGCCCGGCCGGGCGCGCGCGCAGCCCCGGGAGCCGGCGGACCGGCCGACGCUGCUGCGGCUGCUCGCGGAGAUCGCCCAGGAGCUGAAGCAGCACCAGGCCGGGGAGCUCGCGCGGCUGCAGCUGCUCGGCGGGCAGCGCUGCGACCCGGGCCGCGGGCACGUCCUGGACUUCCCCUCGCCGGAGGAGCAGAGAGUGGAAAUUGUUCCUCGAGACCUGAGGAUGAAGGACAAGUUCUUGAAACACCUUACAGGCCCUCUGUAUUUCAGCCCGAAGUGCAGCAAACACUUCCACAGACUUUAUCACAACACCAGAGACUGCACCAUUCCUGCGUACUACAAAAGAUGCGCCCGGCUCCUCACGCGGCUGGCCGUCAGUCCGGUGUGCACGGAGGCAGUGAGCGGAGCGGAGCAGGAGCGAAGGCGCAGUGCACAGGAACCACGAGAAGUGCCUUGGAAACCAGCAGGGACACAGCUACUAUCUUUAUAAACACACUCCCUCCCUGACAAGAGAUUUAUUUUUGCAGACUUCCAUAGUUCCUUUGAGUUUUGUAUGUUGUCGACGCUGUUUGCAGAUACUUAUUCGGUAAUCAGUGAACUCGACAGUGACACCUGCCACUAUUUUAGGAAACGAGAGAACGCUGAACAUUUCAUGUGCAGUGCUAUAAAAUACAGAGACUAUUUCCUUGUCCUGAUUAGGUGAAGUCACAAAGAAUAUUUCUUUAGAAGUAUAGGCAGAAUCUGAAACUAUAUUUUCAUAUAGCAUACAGUAUGAUUUGAUAUUUUAUAUUACUUUUACAAUUAAAUUCUCAGAGUUUAAUUUGAAAUGGCAUGAAAAUUAAAAAAAGAAACUUCAGGCGUGUUUUGGAGACAGUAGAGUAACAUGCGUGAGUAUCUCCAGGCUAAUGGCAUUUGUCCCCUGUACAACUGUGAACAGUCCUCAGCUGUCGUGCAAUAUGUAAAUACUGUAAAUAACACAGGAAUA